UCUGACAGUUUCUCUCACUGCCUUUGUUCCCAUUUGAUCACAUGGUCUCCUUUCCCUACACGCCACCACCUUCACCUCUUUCUCCAAUUCCCAAUUCUUCCUCUCGUCCUCCCCUAGGGUUACUACGCUUUACUCUCUCCCCUCCCGAUCUCGUCUUAACGGAAUCGAUGCCGGAGAUCGAUCUCAUGAGAGUCGUCGAUCAAUCCGCCGCCGAUGUGAAAUUGGCUGGCGAUUACGAAUCUUCUCCGCCUAUCGAAGCUCUCGGUUGCUGUGGUGGCUCCGUGGAUGUGGAUGUGAAGCUGGAAGAAGAAGAGGACUCGAGCUGCGUGAAGAAGACUCGGCCUAGACGCGGACGUCCGCCGAGAACGGUGGGGAAAGCUUCUCCCGUGACGAGUAAGAGGAGAGAAGACGAAGAUGUUUGUUUCGUGUGCUUCGAUGGAGGUAGUCUUGUUCUCUGCGAUCGUAGAGGAUGUCCAAAGGUGUAUCACCCAGCUUGUGUUAAGCGUAGUGAAGCAUUCUUCAGAUCGAGAUCUAAAUGGAACUGUGGUUGGCAUAUAUGUACGGCUUGUCAGAAGGAUUCUUUCUACAUGUGCUAUACUUGUCCUUAUUCUGUUUGCAAGAGAUGCGUUAGAAGCUCGGAGUAUGUACUUGUACGGGAGAACAGAGGCUUCUGUGGGAUCUGCAUGAAGACUAUCAUGCUUAUUGAGAAUGCGCCUGAAGCUAACAAAGAAAAAGUUCAGGUCGACUUUGAUGAUCAAGGCAGCUGGGAGUAUCUUUUUAAGAUCUACUGGGUCUCUCUUAAAGAGAAGCUAUCUUUGUCGUUAGAUGAUCUUACUAAAGCGAAAAAUCCAUGGAAACCGUCUAAGAGAAGGACCACUAGUCAGCUUCAUGGAAAUGAUGAUGGGGUUAUGAAGUUAAGUCGUGCUAAGCUAAGGAAAAUGGAAGCGGGUAAAUUGGAUUCGAAGAGUUGUCUGGGUGAUAGACUUGCACCAUUGACUGGCGCUGCUGCUGCUUGGGCUACAGAUGAGCUCUUGGACUUUGUUAGGUAUAUGAAAAACGGUGAUGUUUCCGUCUUGUCGAAGUACGAUGUCCAAACUCUCGUGCUAGAGUAUGUGAGACGGAAUAGUAUACAAAACGCUUCUCAGGAUUCGGAAAUAGUCUGUGACCCUAGGCUUAUGAGAUUGUUUGGGAAGGAGCGAGUGGGUCACUUGGAAAUGUUGAAGAUUCUUGAUUCUCACUUCCUGGGUCAAGAAAGGUCUCCGGUUACAGUUACUGAAACUAUGUCCUUCCAGGUCGAUGAUAGGUUGAAUGCCUCUGAACAGCAUCAAGAAGGAGAGUCACAGAGACCUACCAGUGCCGAAACACGUGCUGCUCUGUACAAUAAGCCAAUCGAUGAGUUGGAUUUGAAUAUGAUAUGGUUAUAUGGAGAUCCAGAUGGGAAGAUUCAUGGACCGUUUUCGUUAAUGAACCUGCGGCAAUGGAGUUCGAGUGGCCACUUCCCGCCUGAGCUGAGAAUAUGGAGGUUGGGUGAACAGCAGAACAGGUCCAUACUUUUGACCGACGCAUUAAAUGGGCAGUUCCAUAAAACAGGGUUGCUUCAGAAUCAUUCUAUCCCGAAGCAGGAAGAGACAGCUACUAUAGCUAACGUUGAAAACAGGAGUGUGGCUGUUGCUAAACUAGAGAGUAGAGUACUUGACUUUAGCCCCAACUCGGUGUCCACCGACCAGAGUGUUAUUUCUAGCAGUAACAGUGUCGUCACAAGGGGCUCCGACGCGAGCAACAGAAGCGAAAACCUUUUUAGCCACACCCCGUUGGAUUUCACUCAUUCUAAUGAAAGGGAGGCUGUGGGUAACAAAUUGAAAAUUGACAGUCCUUUGCCUGGACAAAGCCCUAUAAGCUGUUCGCUGUCGCUGUCUACAUUUCCAGGAAACUCAAACUGUACUCUGCCACCGCAACAGGAAAGAUGGAAUGUUGGUCAUACAGAGGCAGAUGGGAAUACAGUAAUGAAAGCUUGCAAUCAAAACGAUGCUGGCCCUAGCGGUUCGGGUGAGAAACAGGUUACGGCUACAGUUCAGUCAUGUGGGCAAAACUGGAAUGCUGCUACUCCAAGCAGCGCUUCAAAUGUGUGGGAUUCGAACCCAGGUUUGAUGUCUUUCACAGACAAUCAAGAAAUCGACUUCCUAGAUCUCUUUAGUCCGACCUUUAAAUUCAACUUUGCGUCUGAUACCACGGAGUGGCAACCCAUUGUGACUGGACCUGACGAGUGUGACGAGUCAGUCUCAGAUCUUUUGGCGGAAGUUGAAGCCAUGGAGUCCCAAAAGCGUCUUCCUUCUCCUACUUCCACAUACCGUGGUCCUGGAGAGUUAACCCGCCACUCCAUUAAUGAUAGCUUCAGUCCUGUUGAAGGGCAUAGCCCAGCGCUUGAUGUAAGCAAAGGUGACUCCAUGAGCUCAACAAACGAUCUGCAAAUGCAUUUACGAACUAACAACCCCGUGGACUUUUAGCCGAUCAUGUAUCAUAACCAGGGCACAGGUUAGCAUAGAUCAUCUGAUGGAUGGUGGACAGUACCCUCUUGUCUCUCUUUUUUUGCAGGAUUAUUACAGAACAUUAAUAAGUGAGGGAAUCUUGCACAUCAGAAAAAAAAAGAGUGGUGCAUAAGAAGAAGAUAUGGUCGUCAAAUGUUUCUUCCUGAUAAUUUUGGCUGUUUAGGUUUUCCACGUUGUCCUCCUGUCUUGUGUAUUUUCUUACAUUGUUUGUGUACUUAGUGUAAGUAUUAAGAUGGAAGAUAUUGUUGUCAGUGGAUGUAAUCAAACCAUUGUAGGGAUCAUCACAUAUUCUAUAUAGUAUAUGAUAA